CCCAGCUCAGUCCCCCAUAUCCGUCUCUGGAAGUAAUAACAAUAGUUUUAAGAUAUUAGGCAUCGAGAAUUCAUUAAAAACUCGGAUCAGAUUCUGCAAAAAGCAAAAGAUUUUUGCAAGAUACAAAGUUGGAAUGCAGCUUGGCCACCGAAAGUCUCCAUAUGAGGACAAGACAUGUCAUUUCAUUGAGAGAACUGGAGAGAUUGAUUCAAAGGAAUUUAAGAGAAUUGAAUCGACUUCUUUGGUUGAUUCUGCAAAUGUGCAUGGUCACCGUAUUGACAAGGAUAACCUGAUACAAAAUUUGUUGUCUGAGGGGAGCAGUGGAGUCCAAAUUGUUUCUAUAUUAGGGAAGGGAGAGGUUUGUAAAACAACUCUUGCUCAAUUAGCCUUUAAUGAUCUUGAAGUCAAGGAACAUUUUGAACUAAGAACACGAAUUUGCUUUUCGGAUCUUUUCGAUGAGAUUAAGAUUGCAAAAUUAGUUCUUGAAGCCGUUGGGGAGAGUUCCUCCAACACCUCGAAAUUGGGGAUGUUAUUACGUGUGAAAAACUCAGUUUCAAAGAGAAAAUUUCUUAUUAUCUUAGAUAAUGUGUGGACUGAAGACCAUAAGAAGUGGAAACCACUGAAAAACUCUCUCCAUGGUGUCCCCGGAAGUAGAAUUUUAGCCACAACAAGGAGCGAUCGGGUUGUUAGACUGAUAUGCACGGACACACGGCAACCAUUGGGCCAACUAUUAGAUGAGGACUGCUGGUCACUAUUGAGUAGGAUAGCUUUUGUUGGAAGAAAUAAGGAGUGCAAGAAACUAGAAGAUAUCAGUAAAAAGAUAGCGCUGAAUUGCAAUGGGUUGCCACUUGCUGCAAAAACUAUUGGAAGCUUGCUUUGCUUGAAAGAUACUGUAGGAGAGUGGCUAAAUGCUCUGGAGAGUCCUUUGUGGCAGUUGGAGGAAGCGACGGUUGAGCUUUUCCCCACUUCUAUUUGA